AUGGACGCCAUGACAAACUCCAAGGCUGAUAUGAAGUGUGAUAUCAAGAGCCUUUAUCAAAAGAAGAUGCUCAUGGUCGAUGCACUUGGACAGACAAGUAUCCUAAUGUAUCGUCAUUCAAAGUCCUUUGCUCAGGCAGGUUUUGAACAAGUUUUUAAAGACUACCCUGGCGUCACCCCAAGUUUGAAGCGACUCAAUUCUCAAGCCCCCUUCAAUGCCUUCGUUCAUCGCUGGACACAACUUAUGCAAGCCAUCGAGGAUGAAGGUGAUGGAGAGACGAAAACUCAUCUGGUACUUCUAUACAAAAUUAUCGAAUCAGAACUCAAAGAUAUCAUUGCUACCGACAAGAGUGCUAGAGAGAAGAUCACUGAUGAUGAAGUUAGCAAAUUUGCGGAUGCGAACAUCAACGGAAGACAGAUUAAGAAUGUCUUGAAGACGGCAAAGUUACUCGCUAGUCAAAAGAAUGAGCUGCUGAAGUUCGAACACGUUCAAACGGUUAUGAGUGUGGAGGGAAAUUGA